AUGGGCAACGAAGCGAGUCGCGGCGCUGGAGCCCCCAGUCCGAGUCCGCAGAGCGCGGGGGUCGUGCCGCCGCGCUCCCCGUACACCCCCACCGGCAGUGCGUCUCGUCAUGCGCAGGGCUUCCACGUGCGCGCUCCGUCGCCGACUGCCGCCGGAACGCGCGUCGGGGUCUCCUCGUCCAGGACCGAUCCUGUUAAAAACCUGCGCAAGGACCGGACGAUUCAGCACAUGGACAAAGCCAUUCGACGCCGUGUGCGGGGCGCCGUGACGUACAACAUGAAGCUGCUGAUCCGCGGCGCGACCGGCACGGGCAAGACGUCGCUCUUCCAGCGGCUCAAGGGCGAGCCGAUCCCCGAGACGCACCGGUCGUCGCCGCAGCUUCAGUGCGCGACGAUCAAUUGGGCGCUGCGGCAACAGCUCGAGGAAACGGUCAAAUGUGACGUGUGGGACGUGGUCGACAGGGGGUUCGUGCCAGGUGAAGCUGAAGAAAAGGAGCGGAAAGAGGACUUGCACGGGUCGGUAUGCGGUGCUGUUGCUGGAGUGGGUACGAGCGACCAGGUCUGCUGCAAGAAGCUAAUGGCGGAGAGUGUGUCGGCAUCUGCGACAGUUGCCGCCGUCGCUGCUGCAAUGCAGGAUGGCGCCCAGCAUUUCACAGGUACGGCAGACGCGUCGACCGUGGACGUGUACUAUGAAGCGCAUGGCGUGAUUUUCAUGGUGGACAUUACCAAGUAUGAUACACUGGAGUAUGUACGAAGAGAGCUGAACAACGUACCGGUGCAUAUUCCGACGUUGGUGCUGGGGAACUUUCGAGAUCAAGGGGCCCACAGGCAGAUAUAUACAAAAGAUAUUCAGCAGCUGCUGUACGGAUCAAACGAAGAAUUACAGCGGCAGCAGCAGUGGCGACGACCAACGGAGCUGCUGUAUUUCGAGUGCUCCUUGUUGGAUUGCUACGGACUCAAGUCGCUGCAUCAGUACUUCGGUAUUCCGUUUUUGCAAUUAAAACUAGCGACGAUCAGGAAACAGAUGCGUAUCGUGGAGGACGAAUUUGCCCAUCUAAAGCACGAUGUUCAAGCAACUGUUACGGAGCAGCGCUACGUCGAGUAUGUGAAGCUGAUCAAGACGACCGGAUCGGAUAUUCGAACAGGCAGACGUGGCUCUGGGUGUGAUGGUACCCCUGCUGCUGCAUCACAAAGCAACUCUGUCGUCCUAUGCCCUGACGAACGUGGUACAGCAAUGCCCGUCACGGGGCAAUAUGGUGGGCAUGUUGACGUCAGUGUGGUGACCCAGGAUAACGGCGCGGGGACUUUACAACAAAAAGAUUUUACGGUGGCUGCCACGAUUUGUAAGCUCAAUGACGCGUCACCGUGCGGAGAAGUGGUAACGAAACAUCCAGACAAUAACGCUUUUUCUGCAGACGUCAGCAGUGCUGAUGCAACGACAGCAGCGUCAACGUGUGAGUACAAGGAUAGCGUAGUACCAGUUUCGGACGAUGCAGGCGGAGUUGUUGCCGCUGAGCUUCAAGUCAAAUCUUACACUGAACAAAGGAGCGAGGUUCACAAUUCAAGCAAUGCUUGUUCAAGCUAUUGCGAGAAGACUUUGCCGGAAGAUGAAAUCUACCUUGAGGACUUUCAGGUCCCAAAAACAAGUAUUGGCGAUCUGAAGCAGUUUUACUCGGAGAACGAAAGCGACGAAGAUCAUGACGGCAAUGACAACGACGUAGUGGUUACACGUGGAAAUGUAUCGAUAAAGGCAACGGCUCGUGGCGUCUAUCACAAGCAACCUUUUCUUGACUCUGAUUCUUCAAAUUCGGACGAUGGCGUGUCGAUGAAAUACCAGCGUAGGCGAGGAAAGAAAGCGCUUCGUGAUAGUUCUCUUCAUCGCGAAACGGCUGAGCCGGCAAACAAUGUCACGAACGAGGCGGAUCGUCAACAAUUCCAGUCUCCACCGACAUCUACUUCCUCACUGCCGCUACCAGCGUCUCUUCGAUCUAGGCAGGAAAGCAGGCCCGGGUCUCCAGUGCGAGCCUCGCUGUCUGAAGUUCGAUUCUCGCUUAGUAGUCCGAUGAAUAAGUCUCACAGUGCGCCUUGUGAAGUUUUGUCGAAGCAUCGGCAACGAUGUAGCCCGAUAGCUAGCAAAGCUGCCCUGUCCACCUCUGCGCCAGCUUCGUCGCGCCGUCACAAAAGCGGGAACCGAGUUGCUGUGACAAUAUAUGAAACACGCAAUCUGGAGUCGCCAGCUGACAGUGAAUGGUCCUCGUCAAGGAAGGAGUCUGCUUUAACAAGAACAGAGGAUCCUAAGAGCUUGGGCGGCCAACUAUCUCCGCUAAAGUGUGAAAAGCUGAAGAACGUAACGGAUGGGGCAGUUGAUCGUGCUGGCGGUGUAAGCAACCAGGCUCGUAUCAGCAGUCCUACUUCUGAAACAGACACUGAGGAGAAUGAACGGUCGAUUACACCCGUGCAAGAAGCCCUUGAUAAGAGCACUGUUUGCGAGCCUAAGGGUGAUGUCCACCUUCAUGAACAAGCGAUAAGUCUUGUCAACGAAAAGGUCAAUGGGCGAUCGGCCGAUAUUGCAUCAAGUGACUCAAGUACGGGCAGCCCCAGCAAGCUAGACACUUCUUUCGCCGACUAUGAAGAAAAGGCAAAUCAUGAUGAUGGGGGGACUGCAGAAGUGCAAGUUGCCGCGGACGCAAUCGGACCACCAAAAUCUGCCACCCGGAGAUCGCCCUACCGUCAUCAAAACGAGCUUAUUGCUGACAAAGACAGCGACGAUCGGACCAGCGAUGAGGGCGGCUUUGUGAAAGGAGAUGGAACAUCGCGUGAAGAGUCUUUACUGAUUGCCAACCCGCCAGCGUCGGUGUUGCCGUUGCCUGUGCAGCCAGGCACUGCAAAAAGGAGGAGUGCUACAAAAGAGGAACGACGGAAGACUCUGGGACAUCUUCAUCAGAGGAAUUUGCACAUGCAUGUUGAAGGUGAUACCUCUUCGUUAUCGGCACUUCAAGCAUCAUUACCGUUGCCCGAUGAGACUGCGUCACCGCUAUCACGAAUUCAGCGUGAAAGUGUGGAAGUACGAAUGGGCGAUUUUAAUGAUAUCAAUGGGUGUGUGGUCGAUGCAGCACAUGUGUUGUCCGAUUCUCUGCCAGUUUCGAUACCUAAAGCACGUGUGCCUAACUUCGGGACUAUUGUGCCCAGCAACGAUCUGGAAGCAUUUUUGAAUGAAAGUGAUAGCGAGUCAGAUCAUGCGUCACCUUCCGCUUUUGUUAGUCCUGCAGCGGGGACCGAGCGACUGACAGAACGGCGCAUAAACGGAAGGAAAUCGGCUGAGUCUAGUGAUGACGGGGACGAUGAAGAUGAUCAGAAGCGCUUUGUGAGCUACAGCAUCAGCAAGAAGAAAAGGUCUGCACAGAGACGCCAGCAUAAAGAAGACUUGCGCCAGCUGCAUGCUGCUCUCGAAAAUGACCCUUUUACUUCAUCCGCAAGCGCAGCAUCGACGACCAGUUUAUCACUUGAAACACCAAACGUAUUAGAUGCCCUCCGCAAGGCUGAAGAGGUGGCUAUGCGCAUGGUGUCAACAGAUCCAGCAUUUAUGCUCCCCCCGUCCAACUUCGUUUCAUCCAAGAAGCAGCAUUCGCACAAGCACAAGCACAAGCAAGAGCGCAAGAACAGAGACGAUGAAGUUCGCAACUCGAGAAGCAUCAGAAAAAGCAGUCGGAAGCAAGGUUCAAGCUCGCGUUCCAGAAGCACUGUCGACAUGUAG